AUGGCUCAGACCACGUUCCGAAUUAUGGCGCCGGCGACAUUUCCACUCAGCCCAGCGGCGGCCCCCCGGCGCGCUCGGCUGAGGGCGCCGAUAGCAUGCCAGUACUGUCGCGGUCGCAAGGUCCGCUGUGAUCUCAACAAGCGAGGUUCGCGGUGCACCAACUGUGAGCUUGACGAUGUCCACUGCAAGGUCGCAAACACCCGCAGACGCAGAAGCACCGUGGCUCCCUCCACCAUCUCUAGUAGUGUCAACACCACCACAGUCGACGUGCCAAACCUCCAAGAGCGCACUGUCUCGCCAGGCUAUAUUGUGCACUCCCCAACGGACGACAACCUUGCCUCUGAAACAGUCACACUCUUGACAUCCAUAAACGGAGAUUCAGAAGCCCGAGCCCCUCCCCAACCGCGAGCCGAUAGCACUCAAGAAGAUAAUGGCAUGAGUCCAGACAUGAUGGAAGAUGGGCCUCCCGACACACCAAACCUCGGGUCGUUGGCCAGGGCCCCAGGCCUUGACCCUAUGCCCUGGAAACUUCCCGCGUUUAUCAAGCCAAUCAACCAAGAUACUUCGCGGUCUGCUCUCAACUAUCUCGCUGCUGAGGGAGCUCUCUGGCUUCCAGAAGGAAAGUUGCGGCAGGCUCUGGUGGACGCUUGCUUCGAGUUUGUGACUCCAUACAUGCCCUCACUUGAUCGAUCCGAACUUCUGGGCCACAUCGACCUGUCUGUUGAUCAGGCCCCAGAACAGCCAUGCCAGAAGACUAUAGGUAUUUUGUUAUUCCAAGCCAUUUUAUUCGCCGGCAGCGCGUUUGUGGACAGCGAUGUGCUUCAGUGCCUAGGCUUUCCAUCACAGCGCGAGGCCCGCCGCUCAUUCUAUCGGAGGGCUCGGCUGCUCUAUGACUUUGAUGUCGACACUUCCUCUGUCGAGGUUCUCCAUGCUUUGUUGCUCAUGUCGUUCUGGUACGAGGACCCAGAUGACUGCAAGGCCGCCGCGUAUUGGAUUGGGGCUCAUGUGCAUCAUGCCCAGCAAUUCGGUGUCCAAGAAAAGGCUCUUGCCUUGCAUCCAGGUCAGGGAUUCUACAAGAGGCUUUGGUGGAGUGCAUACAUCCGGGACGCCCUCGUCUCAAUGGGCUUGAGGCUCCAGCCACGAAUGCGAUCCCUAAUCCCAAUGCUAACCCCAGACGACUUCCCACUGCGCAAGGCCAAGGGCGACUUUUUAACCCGCAGUGCGCUUGACCGUGCAACACUCUCCAUACGAAUGGCCGAGCUAUGCGUCUGUAUCAACCAGACCAUGUCAGAAGACGAGUCCCCUCACCAACCGCUCCCCAAGAACCGUACGGAGAUGCUUGAUCUUCGGUUGGAUGCUUGGCAUAGGGCUUACUGCAGCGAUUCUGCCACCCCAUGUUCACGGGAACUGGAAUAUGAUGUCUCCAGGGGUAUCACCGUUGGUCGACUAUUGAUGAUCAUGACCUACUACACGAUCUCUUUGAGACCGGAGAAUAUGACGCCAAGGACAGAUUCCGAGUCGCCCAAUGUUGAGGACCAGGAGCGUUUGCUCGGGCAACGACCUGCUCAACAGCAAGUCACAAGCAGCUGUGCCUGGCCGCAUUACUCUGGUGACCAAGCCCCAGCUGAGGACAGUGGAGAUUAUGCGGUACACAUGCCGUCGUUUACCGAUGACAUAUCAGACCAUAGCGAAGACAGCAUGCUAUUAGAUUUCCAAAAGGAGCCUCUGUUCCACCAGAUGUCCAACUUUCUUGAGUUGGAAUCUGGAUUCUUUACUCAGCUAGCGACCUCGAUGGAUAACGCAAGUAGGGAAGAGGACAGUAUGAGUUUUAUUCAUGACUUGGAGUUGGUUGGCUAG